AUGGAGUCUGGGAUGUCGUAGAGCAAUACUAUUGUUGAGGGAGGCAAGAAAAGCAAAAAGGUCUGCAGUUGUUUAGAUGUAAUUAAGCGCGCAUUUUAGAGAUAACAGGCAAUCAAUAAUGAUUUCAUGAACAACCAAAGCCAUAAGGGCGAAAACACUCUCACUCAAUUACAGCUUAAUAAAAAUGGAGAGAGUCAUGGAGUGAUCACAACAUAUACCAUAAAUCACACUAAUGUAGGUGAUUUGACAACAAACAUGUUCAUGAACAGACAAAAUUCGCAAACUUACAAUGCUCUGUUGGUUAAGGAUGGAUAAAAAGUAGGAGAUGGUCCUGCUCUGCAGAUGAACUAUAAUGGCACCUUCAUCUAAAACAUGCAAAACCAAAAUCCUAACCAAGGCAACUUUGACACCAACUCUAAUAAUCAGGAAGACUACGUAUUUAGAUUUAUGUAGCGAUACGAUUAUAUGUCUAAGAAGUUCGCACCUAAGCAAGAAUAAAAGCUUAAUAAGAACUGCAGGUCAUUCCUUAAUUUCAUUAUGAAAACUAUCCUUGAAGGAGGUGAAGUAGAAUACUGUGAAGGGAUAGAUACUAACUACUUCUUGCUUAAAUACUUUAAAUUUGAGUGCAUGAUUUGUACAAGAUUAUGCUCGCAUGCUCUAAUCACUGAUUGCUGCAAGAACUCAAUCUGCCUUGAGUGCUGUAAUGAAAUUGCCAAUGAGUACGAGAAGAUUAACACUAGAAUCACAGAAUGUCUGAUAUGUCACAAAGACCUUUCCAAAUCUUUUUAUCUCUUUAGAGAUCCCUACAAAAGUGAGGAAAAGUUAAUAGUCAAGAAGACUGUUGAGUCUUUGAGACAAAGAUUCCAAGAAUAAGAAAGCAGAGUGGCUCAGAAAUUGAAUGAGGACUCGAUCAUGCUGUCUGACUCAAAGAUUAAUCAGAGUUUCUCAGCUGUAAAGCCAGUCAAGCUGACAUUCUAGGACAGAUUUAGUCUGGUUCAGCAAACAGCAUAGAAGAUGAAGAAGCAGUUGGACUAUCUAAAUGAAUCAUUUAGCAAGAAGGACAGAAUGGAACUUCAUAAUAUCAAUAAUGGCCUGCUAGGCUCAGGAUAUGGUAAGAUGGCUGGAGCAAGCACAGGACUCUGCAAAGACAGAGUAAGUCUGCUGUUCGAGGAUAUACUACAGGCUUCUAAUAGCAGACAUUCUAGUCCAAAAAGUGGCACUGAGUCUCCAGUGCUUACAUAAGGUACCACAAGAUAGCAUGAUGGCAUCGGAUCGUGCAGUGGAGACAGUAAAACAGUGAAGGACUACUCUACGAAUAUGUACUUGUCAAAUAUCUAAAAUCAAUCUGCCAUCAAUAACCUUCUUAAUCAUACCACUCAGAUUAAUGUUAACACUACAAACAUAAACACCACAAAUAUGAACCUUAACAAUAACAAUAGCAGAUAUGUGAUUGGUAAUGAUGAGGAACUAAGUGCCAGAGUUAUUACUCAAGAGGAAGAGCAAAAACCUCACAUUCCUCCCUUUAAACAGAUCGGAGGCCGCAAGCGAAUCCAGAAUAACAACUAGCGAGUCAAGCAAGGAGUCCUAUAUAAUAAUAUAAAAAAGCAAAAUCUUAAUAAUUAAGAUGACCUCAGCACACAGUCCUUCCAGUUCCAGACCAACGGCCAGAUAAUCUUUAGCAAGGAAAAGGGAAGAGCAGCUGUGGACUUGGAGAAUCAGAGUAUGGACGAUAUUGUCUCAUCUAACUCAGCCAGAUCGAUCAAUAAAGAUAACCUGCCUAUUAGUAAAAGACUUAGGUCUAGGAAAGCCGUAGCUAACUAGGGAGCAAGUGGAGUCGAUAUUGAGGACAAGGAAAAUGUGAAUGAGAUUAAUAUAAGCAGAGGCUCUACCAAGCGAAACAGCUCUCAGGGUCCAUCUCUGCAAGCCACUGGCAUCAUCUAGUAAAGCAAAAGAAUCAGAAAAGCCUGA